AUGAAUAAGGAGAUUAAGUGCUCCAGGUUUCUACCUCCAUAUCUGUACCCCUAUAUGGUCACUACAACGACAAUUACUUACGAUGAAGUUGUGACAGAAAUAGAUGAACAAACCUCUAACGAGUAUAUCCUCGGACAGUUCCAGGAAUUUAUUGCACCAAUUAUCCAGGAAGGCUACGUCUGCUUUUACACAGACGGAUCUAAAUUCGACCAGGAUGGACUCACUGGAGCAGGUAUCUUCUCACCUACACUACAAUUGGAAAUUGCACAUCGACUCCCUUCCAGCGUAUCCGUCUUCACAGCUGAAGCUUGGGCUAUUCUGGCAACUUUGAGGUUUAUCCUCGACAACAACGCUCCCAAAGCAAUCAUCCUUACGGACUCAAAAAGUGUUCUUGAAGCUAUUGCCUCCUCAAGAUUGGACAUUGGAAACUAUUUAAUUUUUGCCAUCAAGAAUCAAAUUCAUCUUACCUCCGAGGCAAAUCUUCACGUCAGGUUCGCUUGGAUUCCCUCUCACAGGGGCAUUGCAGAUAACGAGACUGCAGACGACCUUGCCAAAAGCGGCGCCAAACAGGGAGACAGAAUAGACUUAGAAAUUCCAUAUACUGACAUAUUUCCAGAGGUCAACAACAGUCAAAGUAUGGUUUGA